AUGUCGUCGGUGAAAGUUAUCAAGAGACUAGGAGAAGGGACAUCUCCGACGACAAAGAAAUCAUAUGUUAAAGAUUUGAUAACCCUGCAGAAUGUGUCUCCAGUAAUGAUUACUGAAUCACACACUAUGCAAAGUUUAUAUCCUGAUUCAAAUCCUCCACCUAAGCCAAUUGAUCAGUUUGCUCCAUAUUUAUCACGUAAGCUAUCAAAAAAGAGACAAGAAAAGAUCGAUAAAAUCAAAGGUCCUGCAAUAAAAGAAACACCAACUUUUGCAUUAGCCUCAGUACGAUCAAGUAGCCAGAUGGUUACACCACGUUCGCCAAAACGACCUGCACCAGACCCGUUUACUCCAUUCGAACAUGAAAAAAUUGAAACUCCUAAAAAUAACGAACAAUUCCUUUUACAUUUAAAGAUGGAAGAUACAUUUGAUAAGAUUGCUUCUAACUCAGCUACAACAGCAUUACACAAACUCGUUGAAUCUACACUCCAAAUCUAUUUCCUUGCCGAUGGAGUAUAUUUUUAUCACGAUAUUCCAGCUGUUAAGAUCCUUUACUGUCCAACAACGACAAAUGGAGUACCCCAUGGUACAGGAUUAGUUGGUUUCACUCAGUUUACCCGUGAAAUUGUAAAUUGUGCCUGUGCAUCAAUGCAUGAAAGCUAUUCUCCGAACUACGAAUCUGCUCAGAUACCUCUAGACUCUCAUGUCUUAUCAUUUCCGUUGUUCGGUGUUAGCGGAAAUGUAAAAGCCGUCAUUCAAGUGGUCAGAUCAAAGAAUUCACCUAUAUUUAACGCGCAAGAAGAAUCAUUUGUAAAGUAUUUCCAAGAGAAAUGUAAGAAAUACGCCCCUUGGCUCUUCCAGCCCGUAAUUGACGAUAAUUUUAUAGCGGAAUUGGUCGAAACAUGCAGAUUAAAGCAGUUUAUCGAGCAGACAAGUGAAAAGCUAACUAAGUUAUUCAACUGCCAUGAAGCAGAAGUCUGGAGUUACAAUACACAAACAAAUAUAAUUUAUAAAUACACUUCUACAUCAGAUCAGCCCAUAAUUAUACCACUAGCUGAAGCAGGAAUAGCAGGAUAUGCACUAAGAAGGCAAGUUCCUGUCUCCUGUCUUCUUGCAAAGAUACAUUCUUCAUAUGUAGCAAAAGCAGAUAUAAAUGGAGACUUUUCUGUACUUACGAUACCGAUAAGAGACCAAGACAGACCAAUUGUUUACGCUGUUGUCCUCAGAGGAAAAAGAUUACCAAGUUUUUUCACAGAAAAUGACGAAAAAAUACUAUCAAGAAUCAUUCCUUACAUCAUAUCUUCACUCAACAGUGCAUUAAAUGUAGAAAAGAACUACCAGAGCCUCGAUGAAAGCAUGAAACAACAAACAAGUUUGAGAUCUUUACUCGAAGUAGCAGAAAUACUCAGUGGAGAGCUCAAAAUCGAUGACCUUAUACCGAAAAUCAUGGCAAGAGCUUGCGAAUUAGUAAUGGCGAGCAGAUGUUCUUUAUUUUUGGUAAAUGAUACGAGAGAUAAACUAAUUACGACUUAUAGCGGUGGCCUUAAGAACGCUAUUGAGGUCCCUAUCAAGUCAGGAAUCGUAGGAUAUACUGCAACAACAGGAGAAGUUUUAAAUAUCAAAGAUGCUUAUGAAGAUCCAAGAUUCAACAGGGCGACUGACUUGAAAACAGGUUACAGAACAGUUACCGUUCUCUGCGUACCGAUUUUCGAUAACAAAGGUAUAGUAAGAGGUGUGACAGAGAUGAUCAACAAAAUCGACGGUUAUUUUUCAGAGGAAGAUGUAAAACUCAUUCAAAUUUUCAAUGUCUUUACUGGCAUUUCUCUUGACAAUGCUCAAUUGUACAAAGCAUCAUUAGAUUUGAGUUUACAGAUGAGAACAUUCAUGGAUAUGUCUCAAACUUUAACUCAAACAAGCGCAUUAAAGAGAAUGUUGGAAGAUAUCUUGAAGAAUACACGUCAGGUUGUUGGUGCUGUCACAGGAGCAAUAUACAUUGUCGAGGACAACGGAAUUUCGGACAAACCAACAGUUAUGGACGAAGAUAUGCAAUCUCGUAUGGAAUAUUUCGAAAAAUUAAAGAAAGAAGAAGACGGGGGUGCAGAAGCCAACUCAUUAAAUGCAAAGAGAGCAGCAUUAAUGCGUCUUAUCCGUGGAAAACAGCCCGGACAAUCAGAUUUGACACAAGACGACAUCCACAGGAAAGAACUCGUCGAGAAAAGUGUUACCGAGAAGCAAUCAAUCAUUGACAACGACAGCGACAAAGCAGAAAAGUCAAUGAUGGUAUGUCCAAUCAUAAGUAGCGACAGAAUUGUUCUUGGAGCUGUUUUAAUGCAAUGGAAGAAGUCAAAUCCACAAUUUAACUACGAUGAUCUUCGAUUACUUGAAAGUUACUCCGUAUUUUUGUCAAUAUCUCUUGAGCGUUCCAUUUUGAAGAAGAUUGCGAUGAAAGGAGGUGCAGAAGUCGAACUGCAGAGCUGGCUAUCCCAAAGCGAGCGAUUCCAGCAACUUAUCCCUCAAAAACUUAAAUUAAUCGAAGAAGAAAGGAAAAUGAUUUAUUCAAUUGACUUCACGCCCGUAUGUUUCGACGGUUAUGGUCUAUUCAAAGUUGUUUUUGAAGUUUUUAUGGAAUUCAAUCUUUUCCAAGAAUUUCAUAUAAAUUCUGAGACUUUGUUUAGAUUUUUACAUGCAGUAAGAGAAGGAUACAACCCAGUACCUUACCACAACUUCCUACAUGCUGUUGAUGUCAUGCAAUUCGCUGUUUAUUUGCUGAAAAAGUCGAAAUUAGAAUCCGAAAUUUCGAAAUUUGAAAUUUUGGGACUGAUUAUCAGCUGCCUCUGCCAUGAUAUAAACCAUGAUGGCUUCAGCAACUCAUAUAAUGAGAAAGCGCAGACACCUCUUGGCAUUUUGUACAAAAAUCAAAGUGUUUUAGAGACACACCACUGUUCUGUCUGUAUUUCGAUCAUGACGAGAGAGGACUGUAACCUUCUCAAGUCAUUGAAUAUCUCUGAUACCCAGAAAAUGUGGAAUUUGAUUAUUAAUUUGAUAUUAAUAACAGAUAUGGCCAAACACUUUGAAUUUUUGCAGGAACUCGAUAAGAUAAUUAAUGAGAAACGUGAUUGGAGGCAGAAUGAUCGCCAAACAAUCCUCCAAAUGAUAAUUAAAUUAUCAGAUAUCUCAACUAUCUUCAGGAAGUUCGAAUUGGCUGAUCGAUGGACUGCUGUGUUAUGUGAGGAGUUCUUUAGACAGGGAGAUUUGGAGAAAGCGGCUGGAAUGGAGUAUACUUCGCCAUUGAACGACAGAGAACACUUGGAUAAGUCAAAAUCACAGAUUGGAUUCUACACAAAUGUUUGUCUGCCAUUUGCAAACAAGGCUGCACAGAUUUUGGACGGUUUGGAUGAUGCUUUGAAGAAUGUCAACGAAAAUCUUCAGACUUGGAAAGAAAGAGUUGAACAGGUUGGUUACGCAGCUAAUCCUGCAAUAUCUGAUUCUGUUUCCUCUAUUCUUGUGCCCCCUCCACCUCCUCCAACUUAA